AUGAGAACUACAGUACAGAUGAAAAACCUAACUAAAACAAAAAUUAUAAGCAAAAGAGAAAAAGAUAAUGUGGGGUUUAAUUGUAUGUUCAUAUCCGAGUGCAGGUGUCCCUAAUGGCAUGAAAACCUGCACACAUUAGUCCUGACGCGCGCGCAAAUGCUGGCUCUCCCCUGGAGCCAAAAACUGCUUCUUAAUAUAUCUGGAGUGCCAGGACCAUAUUUAUUUUUGACUUGUUGUACUGGGGUUUGCCAGCCCUAGGUCUGGAUCACCCAGAUCUCUAUUUAAUUGUCCUCCUGUGUGUAUCUGUAUGGCUGUCACUGUGUGUAUCUAUGUGUUUGUGUAUUUGUGUGUGUCAGUAUGUCUGUAACUAUGUGUGUGUGUGUAUUUGGCAGUAUGUACUGUGUCAGUAAGUGUGCAUGUAUGUGUGACACUGUAUGUGUAUAUAUUUGAACAUCCCAGCAUUCAAACACCAGCAAUUCACACAAAUACAACCCUGCAUUCAAAUAACAACAAUAUAUACAAACACACAACAGCAUUAACUGGACACAAAAAUACCUCUACAAUUACACACAUACUCUAUACAUAAAUGCUUACAUUCAAACACUUCUUACAAAUUGAACCCUGCAAGAAUGGGCAAAGGUAGAUACCCAGCUGGCAAAUCCUCAUGGGAGCUGUAUGAUAGCUGAGGAGCUACCUUUUAGACACCCUUGUGCUAGAGAGGGCAAAAACAUGUCUUGCACUAGGACUCUCUCUACUCCCUGGAGUGGCCCAAGGUAAUCUGUCUGCAUUUGUUUGUUUUAACAAACGUCUUUGCAUUAACAAAGCUAAAAAAUAUAGUUUUUAAUGACAAGUCUGGAAACAAACCCAUACUUGCUGAUACAGGGUUAAGAUAUCAAUUAUAUAAAGCACGGACUAUUUAAGUGGUAGUUUAUGUAAUAUUGCUAAGCUACCAGUAGGUGGUAGUAGUAUCAAUCCAUUAAUUAUGUGAACACAGAUAAUUAACUUUCCUGCUUUCCAGCAAGUAACAGGAUGCUCACUGGUGCCCGCAGCAUAGAGCAAAAAGGAGCAGCUGGCCUCUCUGGAAAAUGCCAUGUGUAUUUCUGUUUAAAUGUAGCCCAAGUCUUGAUUGUGACAGUAAUGAGAUCUUAAGGGGAGAGGUCUGUCAGACAGGUGGGUAACAAGGGAGCAGAUGGAAAAAUACAUACAUUAGAUACUUCCCAACAUUUCAAAUGGCCAAUGCGGGACAUUUUAAUUUAAGCAAUGUGAAUCGGUGUGUGGCCAGGGGCAGGGGUGUUCUGACAUCUUUUAGGCAACUUGCUUAUUACAAUUUAUGCAACUAACAUGUAAUUUAGAACAGAGACUGAUUUCUUAACACAUUUAUAUAGCAUAGAAGCAUUGGGUGAUAUAUGGCAUAUGAGAUUAAAGCAGCCCCAUCAUGUUUUGUUUGGUUUGGUUUUCCUUUCCUUAUGCCCCCCACAUCUUAACGAUUAUACUCUCCUCUUGCCCACUUACCUUUAUUUAUAGUUACCACCUUUUCAGAUCUCAAUAUCUGAGCACCAUCAUUUUGUUAUUCUCUGUCAUGAUAUCUGCUGUAGAAUUGAUUUUACUGAUUAUAAAACCAGUGCUUUGAUUCUCACUAGGUACCAGCACCUCAAAUUAUGGAAAGGAAAAUAUGCAAUAGAAUAGUUCUCAUAUAUGUGUUUUAUUUGAUUAGCACAUUGUAGAAUUACUGGAAUGGAUGAUCUUUGAGAUCACAGCUACAAAAAUGUAGUGGAAAUGCCAACUAGACCAUAUGAACUCCUUUCUAUCCCACAGCCAUUUUACUCUGGAGGAAGUCAGGUGAUCUAAAUGAAUAUCACAUGACAGAAAGGGAAAAGCGCUACAACCUUCACCGUGCACCCCAGUGCUACAUCGAUGAUUUAUUGAGGUACAUAAAACAGACACAUUUCGGGUCCAGUGACUCUUUACAUGCAUUGUAACAAUGAGAAAGGGUCACUGGAUCUGAAACGGCAACUCAGCAUUUAACCAUUUCUGUGACUGUUUUUUUUAAGUACUGCAGUAACUUUGUAUUUUGGCCUGAAUAUCACAUGAGAUGAAAUUAACCGAAUAUCAAAGGUGGAGUACCAAAGGCCAUCGCGGCCCAGACCAUCUUUACAGGGUUUUUUUACUAAAGGGUUGCUUCAGUGAUUUGAACUAGUAAUGGUGCUUGGAGUCUGUUUUUCUAUAUGUAGCUCCACCUACAGUAGCGCCAGGCAGCCUAGAAGAAGAGCUACUGGUGGCUAAUGUUAAUUCUGUGCAUAUUGGAUGUCUGACAUUAGCACACACAGCAUACGGACAACGUGUCCAAUGGCACACACCGCCAUAUUCUACCCUCAAUUCACUCUCCUUAAAGGACCACUAUAAGCACCCAGACCACUUCAGCUUAAUGAAGUGGUCUGGGUGCCAGGUCCAGCUAGGUUUAACCCUUUUUUUCUAUAAACCUAGCAGUUUCAGAGAAACUGCUAUGUUUAUAAUAGGGUUAAUCCAGCCUCUAGUGGCUAUGUCAUUGACAGCCGUUAGAGGCGCUUCCGCGCUUCUGCGCUUCUCACUGUGAUUUUCACAGUGAGAAGACGCCAGCGUCCAUAGGAAAGCAUUGUGAAUGCUUUCCUAUGGACUGGCUGAAUGCGCGCGCAUGCGCAUUCAGCCGAGGAGGAGAGUCCCCCGCUCGACGCUGGAGAAAGAGGUAAUUCUAACCCCUUCCUCACCCUAUAGCCCGGCGGGAGGGGUGCCCUGAGGGUGGGGGCACCCUCAAGGCACUAUAGUGCCAGGAAAACGAGUGUUUUCCUGGCACUAUAGUGGUCCUUUAACAUUCCUCCUCCUCAGUAAGAGGCAGUGGCGUCAGUGGAGGAAGAUCGUGCUGAGGGGAAUACUUGGCCUCAGUGCUGGAACUCGGUGCUGGAACUGAGCAAGUUUUUAGCUUUAUUGACCACAAAUGCCUUGGUCAAUUUUAGCCUUAAUUUUGCCAUUCGGAUUUCAAUUUAGCACAAUUCAAAGUUUAGUAAAUAUACAUUAAGCAAAUUGCUGCAUUUCUCAUAUUGUUUCUAUGUGAACUUACACAUAGAGGCCUCCCAAAAGAGGAACUGUCCUCUGGCAGCACAGAGCGAGUUUAUCAUUCAAUGCACUUAUACUGCGAAUAGGCACUAGGACCAUACGGUUAGUGCUUUAUUAGCGUUCUAUACAUGGUCCUGUAUUUUAGGGGCUCCGGCUCUCAAGCCCCUUCAGUGGGAGAUCCCAUUCCUCCCUUUUCACCUGUUAUGGGCAUCACCAGUAGCAGAAGUUGCAAUCCCAAUGUUGGGAAGUGUGCACUUAAUAUAUCAAAAUAUACCCUACAGUAGAGAUCACGUUCCAUAACAUCCAGCCUUUUCAUGGACAAAAGUGAAACAAAACCUUCAUAGAUUGUAAGCUUGGCUGGCUAGGGCCACCUUCACCUCUUCUAUCUGUAUGUAAAUUACUUGUCAAACAUCCCUUUUUAUAAUGGUAAAGUGCUGGUGAAUAUGUUCCUGUUAUUUUGGGCUCGCUGGCCUGAGCUGCCAGGAUCGCAGAGUGGUGAGCUAGCUGGUAACAUUAAUAAUAAUAAUAAUAAAGUGUAAUUUAGAACAAUCCCAUUUACACAGACUGAUUCCAAACACAUGUAUAGUAAUGUAAACACAUUGUUGCUGUGGAGCCCUGUACACAUGUUGGAGCUCCUAGAAUAGGACAGAGGGAUUUACAGCUGGUGCUGGGAAACAUGAAUUGUUUAAAAACCAAUGAUAAACCCCGAGUACAGUCUGCCUCCCACCUCCCAGCAGGGCUGUACUGAGGAGGCACACAGCACUAUUUUAGGGAAAUAUCAGAUCAGCCAAUCCCUGCGGCACAUUUACCACGUGACCUCGUCAGCAGCUUCCGGUCUGCCUCCGUAGCGCCGUCAUAUAAACCCCGCCCACACGCGGUCUCCACGGCAACCAUCCUCCACGGCAAUGUUUACCUCCCUGCUCGCCAUGGUAACCGCCUUACGCUGUCGGUGCGGGUUCACAGAUGGCGUUUUUCGGGCUCACGGGCCUGGGCUACCAGGAUCCAUUUCGGGCGGCUCGGUAUUAUUAUACCAUUAUAGUGAGAUCGGUAUUAUUAUACCAUUAUAUAGUGAGAUCGGUAGUGUUAUACCAUUAUAGUGAGAUCGGUAUUAUUAUACCAUUAUAGUGAGAUCGGUAUUAUUAUACCAUUAUAUAGUGAGAUCGGUAUUAUUAUACCAUUAUAGUGAGAUCGGUAGUGUUAUACCAUUAUAGUGAGAUCGGUAUUAUUAUACCAUUAUAUAGUGAGAUCGGUAUUAUUAUACCAUUAUAUAGUGAGAUCGGUAUUAUUAUACCAUUAUAUAGUGAGAUCGGUAUUAUUAUACCAUUAUAUAGUGAGAUCGGUAUUAUUAUACCAUUAUAUAGUGAGAUCGGUAGUAUUAUACCAUUAUAUAGUGAGAUCGGUAUUAUUAUACCAUUAUAUAGUGAGAUCGGUAUUAUUAUACCAUUAUAUAGUGAGAUCGGUAUUAUUAUACCAUUAUAUAGUGAGAUCGGUAUUAUUAUACCAUUAUAUAGUGAGAUCGGUAGUAUUAUACCAUUAUAGUGAGAUCGGUAGUAUUAUACCAUUAUAGUGAGAUCGGUAGUAUUAUACCAUUAUAGUGAGAUCGGUAGUGUUAUACCAUUAUAUAGUGAGAUCGGUAUUAUUAUACCAUUAUAUAGUGAGAUCGGUAGUAUUAUACCAUUAUAUAGUGAGAUCGGUAGUAUUAUACCAUUAUAUAGUGAGAUCGGUAGUAUUAUACCAUUAUAGUGAGAUCGGUAUUAUUAUACCAUUAUAGUGAGAUCGGUAUUAUUAUACCAUUAUAUAGUGAGAUCGGUAGUGUUAUACCAUUAUAUAGUGAGAUCUGUAGUGUUAUAUCGGUGUAGUGAGAUUGGUAGUGUUAUACCAUUAUAUAGUUAGAUCGGUAGUGUUAUUUCGUUAUAUAGUGAGAUUGGUAGUGUUAUACCUUUUUAUAGUGAGGUCGGUAGUGCUGUUAUAUAGUGAGACCGGUGGUAUUAUAUCGGUAUAUAGUAAGGACGGUAGUGUUAUACCCUUAUAUAGUGGGAUUGGUAGUGUUGUACCAUUAUAUAGUGGGAUUGGUAGUGUUAUACCGUUAUAGUGGGAUCGGUAGUGUUAUACCGUUAAGCAUUGCCCAUUGCCAAAAAUCAUGCUCUAACAAGUAGUCCUUAGUUAACAUAAAAAAUUUUUUUUAAAAAAGCUAAGGCAAUUAAUAAAAAAUAAAUUUUAAAAAUUUGAAGGGAAAUAUGGAACACACAUUUUUUUUUUUUAUUGUAAAAAUAAAUAGGCGACAAUACUGCUUUGAGCAGACACGUAUUAGCUUGUAUUUCUUGGAACAUAAUUCGUUAAAAAGAUUUAAAUUUAAAAAAGUUACUUGUCCACUAUUUCAAAUCUCUAUGCACAUUUAAUUAACAUUAAAUUGUAAUGUCACCCUCCGCAUCACGGCAAACAUUUUAGGUAAGUACUACACUAGCAAUUCACCUCAUUGCUACAGAAAGGACUAUUCUUACCCGGCUGGAUACCUCCGCCAAAGGAACUGCUUCCUAGCUGGAGCAGGGGAACUAGCUCUCAGUCUUACAAGAACUUUCCCGGCUGCAUCUUCCACAAGUUGGCCCAGGGUUUAAGCUGUCCUCCCCCACGUAAACCAAGCAAAAACCAAUCAGCUGAAAGGCGCGAAACCAAUUCGCGCUAGUCAGCGCUCAGGAAGGAGAGGGUUUUUGCCGCCCAAUCAAGAGAAAGGGCGCAAAACCCCUGUGCACCAAUCGGCGCUCGGGGAGGAGAGAGGUUUCGAAACCCCGUUUAAAAGGGCGCUCCGCAGCGACCAAUCAGCACUCCCUCGUGCAAACCCAUCAGGAGAAUGGCGCAAUGACCCAGUUUGAAUAAGCGCUCAUUCUCCUAUUGGUCGACACUGACGUCCAGGUGGCCAGUGGGACCCCUGCGGCUGUGAAGCAAACUCACAGCUCCAGGGAUUCCAUUGGGGCUCGCGCCUCUUUCCGGGGCUACCUCCACAUAGGCAGCCCAGGGGAGAGCGCCUUUGGGCAGCUACGAGUCUGGCCUGGCAGCUCCCGGGUAGGGGAAGAAGUGACACAGGGAUCUGAAACAAUGCGGGCGCCUCUGCUGGUUGGCGUUCGGCUAUAUGAACCGGCGGCAAGCCAGGAGAGCAUUCCUUUAUGAUUUCCCUUGCGGUUUCAGAACAUUCUAAAUGGGAACUCCGGGUGGUCCACGUUCGGGAGACUAACAAGUUCCAUUCUUAUGAGCUCUCCCGAACGGGGAACAGACAAAAUACACAAAAUAUAUAACAGACACAUGGGGAAACACAGAAUACAAGGGGAAAACACACAAGUAAGCAAUGGGCAUGGUACUUAGUGACGGCGGUCCGUCACACACCUACAGACUAAUUAAAGGGUUACUACAAACAUCACAGCCGGCUGUAGUAGUUAUGAUGCUAGGAGUAUUUUCGCCCCAUUCACCUGCAACAGUUUGUCCUCCUGCCUGGAUCCCAGUCAGGUGCAGAGGGUCCUUCAGUGGCUGUUAAUAAAAAUCCAGAUUCUGCAGAAUGUCUAACCCACUGGUCAUUUAUUGGCUGAGAGAAUCGGCUUAGCUCGUUCAGCCAAUGUAUGACUCUGUGAAUGAAAAAUGCACAGAAUCGACAUUAGCCAGCCCAGAACUUUUGUUUCUCCUCCUUUAGAAAAGGGAUUAAACUCUGUAUUUGCAGUACUUCAUAUUGAAUGCUGUUAAAACAGACUCCAAGCACCAUGACCACCUCAAAUCACUGAAGCGAUGGUACUUGGAGUAACCCUUUAACCCUUAAUAGGGCACGUUUGGGGCUGGUAGCUGCAACGUAACAUGGCUGUGUAGUAAAAAGCAAAUAAAUAACACAGAAAUCAUCUAAGGGCCCAGAUUCCACCAAUCUUGUGCAGCAGCAAUGGCUAUAGCUAUUCAGCCCAAAUAUAUAGAACAAAAGCAACAACUCCAAUCAGGCCCAAACUGGGAGAGAAAACAGUCAUUGGCAUUUCAUGGCACAGCAGACAGCUUUUACAUUUAGAUCCAGAAAUGCAAUUAUUUUUCUCUUUCAGAUCUGAAAUAUUACAUAUCACAUUCCAUAUUACAUGAACACCUCACUAACCCAUACAGAUACUGCAGCCACAAAGAGAUGCAGACAGGCACACACAGAUCUGACCCACACUCAAUCAAGAUGGCAUGUCAGAGAGAUGUAAGGGAGAGGGUUAAUAUUUAAAACCAAUAUACAUCAUUAAAAAAAGGAUUGUGUGAAAAAUCUACAGUGUCGUUUAAAAAAAAUUAAAAAUGCACUAUAAACACUUCAUUGACAUGAAGAUCAGAUUAGUUAUUUUGAUAUCUUUUAAGAUGAAUUCAUAUGAUAUAUGGUACAAUAUAAUACAUUGUCUCGAUUGUACUUUAUCGAAGAUUUUUGGGAUCAUGUGCUUUUUCUGUCAUAGGAAAAGGUGAAAAUGCACAGAGAGUGCUCCCUGCAAUAGUCCCUCCCUCUACCUAUUCAAGUCAAAUGAAGUAUAAGGAAAUUGUGAGACGUCAUCAAGCCCUGAGGAGUGAGUAUCAAGGCCUUACAUCAUGAGAGCGCUGCUGGAGGACCAAUAGGUGGCUAACUCUGAAAUUACUUUUCUAUAAUGCCUACUAAGUCAUUAUGAUGGACCACAGAGUUAUUUGAUGAUGUAACGUGUAGACACAUUUGGUUCGCAUGUGACCUGUGGCUCUGAUGGCAUAGACAUUGAAGUCACUGCUUUGUGGUGGUUCUGAGUUUAAAUUAAUAAUGCACAGAGCCUACAUAUGAUAUAUCACAGCUCUGUUUGGCCACAUGGAGAGAGAAGGGGACCAUCCCAAUCAGCACAUUUGGAAGCUUAGUAAUGCUUCAUUUUCUUCUCCUGUUUUUCCCAUGUACAUUUUUUUUUUUUGAAAUAUUUUACAAUACAGAAAAGUAGAACAGUGUAAACAUGGGAAAUCAUACAUAUACAACUUAGUUACUCAUCCUUUUACUAUAGGUAUAGUAUAUAUUAUUUGUGCAUAACGGAUAUCACAUUUAUUAUUUAAUAUCUGACCUCGAGUUACAUGUGAGAAGGAAUAUAAAGAAAGUGAAAAAUGAGAGAAGAGGAGUAAAUAUGUAAAAAUAUGAAACCCUAAUGGAUCCAGACUCUAGAUAUUAGUAUCACAAGUUCCCAGGUCAUCUAUUGUAGGGACUGAACAUUCUUUGUUGGGUUGGCAACAGUUUCCUUCAUUGAUUUACGGUUGCCUUUACAAAUCCUUCAUUUCUUUAUUAACAUCAAGUGUGUUAGUCAUGUGGUUGGACAUGAGUUGAUAGGUUUGUUGCCAAUGGCUAAUUUGGUGGCUAGUAGGAUGUGUAGCAUCAUUUUUGGUAAAGCGACAGUGUAGGCAUCUACCACUUCAUGUUAUUGCAGUGGUUAUGUUGUGUAGAAUCCCUGGUCCUUGUCUCUGUUUUAUUAAUAAACAGUUUUUUAAUCUAUUGACCAUGAAUUAGGGUUCCUGGUAGCUCAUUUCCCUGCCCCCUAAGACAGUGUGGCUAAGGUGGAGUUACAUUUUACCCUAUGCCAAGAUUUAUACCAGGGAUAGUGGGCGGUGAGAGACUGAGAGCAUCAGCUGAUCACACUUACGCUUCACUACCAACUACUGUAUUCUUACACUACAGUGUCCCCCUCCCCACCUCCCUAGUGCCCAACAUCAGAUAAAUAAAGGGCUACAAUGCUUUUUUUUUUCUCCCACUUACCUGAUUCCAGUGUAGUUAUCCUUUGGCUUAGCGACAGUCUUAGAGUUUCUCUGAAACUGCUAUGUUUUACAUUGGAGGGCUAAGUGGGGACAGGGGCACUGCACCAAGAUCACUUCGAUUAGAUGAAGUGAUAGUGUCCCUUUCAGGUGGAGAGUAACUUCACCUUAGUCAUUACAGCAUAGGGAGCCAGGCUGUGGACUGUUAGGGGCUCUAAUUCAUGGUUAAGCCUAUUGGAACAUGCUUUAAAAAUAGUAGACGGCACACAGGACCCCAGGCACCAUAACCACAUCAAUGAUAUAAAGUGUUUUGGACUCUCACUUGGAGAAUAUCUGUCUAGCAAUAAAGUAGCACAAUUCAGGCAAAACAAUGCUGAAAAGUUUCUCCUACUGAGCUAUGAUCACAGAGUAGUUACAUUUUGCCCUUUUGAUUUCAGUUGCAUGGCAACUGUACUUGUUUGCGCCUUCUUUUCCUCAUACGUUUACUGCUUUCACAUUGGAAAUCAGGGCUGUCUUUAAUGUGGGGCAAAAGUCAUUCAUAGGGGACCCGAAGCAGCUGCCCCUUCAGCCCGCCGUGGUGCAUGUGGCCAGCGUGGAGCUACCACAACGGGCCGUACGAUGAGGGGGCUAUGUGUGUUUUCAGGGGCCCGGUCAGCACUGCGGCGCUUUAAGAGCGCAGCCAGGCCCCCUGUGAUGAUGUCAGAACACUGGGAGGAAGUGACAGCCAGUCACUUCAUCCCAGGAUUUACCAAGGACCGCGUGGGAGGGGAAGGAGAGGAGGGAGUCAGAGUGGGAGCUCUGACUCCCAUUAACCAGAGCCAGCCACUGGAUGCCAGGGAAGUCACCCUCCUGUACCCAAAAGGUAGGAAACACGAGGGUGACUAAAUAAUGUAAAAUUUGCUUGUAUGUGUGUCUGUGUAGCUAUGUGUGUGUGUGUGUGUGUGUAUAAGUAUGUUUCUGUGUAUCUGUGUCUGUGUAUAUCCGUAUGCCUGUCUGAGUAUCUACAUUUGGGUCAGUGUAUGUAUCUGUAAGUUAUUGUGUCUAUCUGCAUGUAUGUCAGUGUGUUUCUCUGUUUUAUCUAUAUAUGUGUUAGUGUGUCUGUUUAUCUGCAUGUUUGUCAGUGAGUGUCUCUGUGCAUCUGGAUGUGUGUCAGUGUGUAUCUGUCUUUGUAUGUCUGUACCUGUGAAUGUCACUGUUUGCGUGUAUAUUUUGUCUCAGUGAAAAAUGAGUGCAGCUAAGUGUGUGUGUGUGUGUGGUCUUUUUUUUUUUGUGUGUGUUUUCUUUUUUGUGUUGGGUUGGAGGACGUGAUUUAAUGCUUGAAAGUGGGAGGGCUAGGUCCAGGGGCCCAAGCAAAUGUCUGCCCAGGGUCCAAUCAGUAUUAAAGACAGCCCUGCUGGAAAUCAUUGGACUUCAUGCACUUGUUGUUAUGUGCAUAUUCUCCAUCUAACUCUUCAACUCAAUGUUUGCCCAUGUUUUUAAAUAUAUAUUUUAUUCAUUUCAAAUACCCAAAGUUAGGAACUAGGUGAUGUGGGUUUAAAGCUUAUAUCCUUGAACCCAAACUUUAAAGGGACACUAGAGGCACUCAGAUCACUUCUUCUCAUUAAUGUGGUUUGGAUGCAGUGUCCAUGUCACACGUAGUCCUGCAAUGUAAAAUAUUGCAGCACUAAGACAGCCUCUAGAGGGCUUCCUGCUUGCUAGGCGACUUUUGGUCACCUGACACUGGACAUCUUAUGCUCUGGGGGGUAGAGAAAACUACUUUGUAUUCCUAACACUAUAGAAUCCAUUUAACUAGCUAUCUGAUUGACAGGUAAAAAGAUUUGAGAAUGUGUGAUGAAUGGUUGAACAUUGGGAAAAAUAUCAACUCAAGUAAUAGUGUAAAUAAGCAAACACUAAUUCAUAGAAGUGAACAAACCAUGUUAAAAAGUUUUUUUUAUCACUGGUUUUCCAGCACCCAAGCAGACUCAGCGAUUGCCUCUUACUGCAACUCAGCGUUAUGGUUGGUGGGUGUCAGAAGAUCCCGAAGUUAAAACUGAAUAUGUUCACCCAUGGAUUCAAGUUCCCCGAUAUCCAGUGAUCAAUAGCCCAAUGACAAGGUAACAUGUCUCAUGUUCAGACAGCAUUUGACUAAUAUUUGCAUUUUGAAGCAAUGCAUACCAGUGCUUUUCACGAAUAUCCACUGACAGUCUUGCAGAGUAAAUCAACAACAUAUCCUGCUUAGUUGUUCGCAUUACAAUACACCCAUAACUACAGUCAUCAGCAGCAAGGAGGUGUGAAAUGUUGAGGAACAUGAUUCUUUUUUUCAUUCUUAAAGGGGAAUCAUCACUUCCAAUGAUAUUUAAUAAUAUGUUUACUCAUCCCCAAUAUUUACCUAAUAAAAUUAAAUGUACAAAUCCAUACCCCACUGUAUUUACUUCUAUCCCAGAACUGAGGGAUUCUAUCUUGGCUCCCUGUCAGCCAUUGUUAUAAGUUACCUUCAGCUCCUAAAACUUAAUCUGUCAGGAGCCAUGAUAACAUCUCUGCCUUACAACUGGGAAACUCCCAGUCAGUCCAUCUCAUCAGUAAGUGGCAAAACAUCUAAUGAGAGAUAGAGAUAGAGAUAUAUAUAUAUAUAUAUAUAUAUAUAUAUAUAUAUAUAUAUAUAUAUAUAUAUAUAUAUACCUACCUCAGGUACUCAUAGCUUGUAAGCGUUUAAUAUCAAUAAACAGUGUAUGUUAUCUUUUACAUAUUUAACAUUUAUAUUGUUAUAUAUAGGAUUUUUUUAACUUUUUAGUUUUUAUUAACAUAACUAAAUCCUUGUGUAUCUACACAAGGAUUAUGUCCUUACAUGGAGGAACCUAUACUGAAAGACCUCGGACUGACACAGGCUGUUACAGUCUGAGGGGAAAUUAUUUAAAUAGCACAUUGGGGCUUCCUGCCGGCCCCAGGUGCUGCGGGCCAACAGGAAAUUUCCCAGUAUCCCGGCGGGUCAGUCCGGCCCUGCUAUAAACACACUGGAAUCUGACACUGGUUACACACUCACUGCAGUUUAAAGGAACACUAUAGAGUCAGAAACACAAACAUGUAUUCCUGACUCUUAAGUGUUAAAAACGGCAUCUAGCCUUCCUGGUCCCCUUUGCUCCCCUAAACAUAGUAAAAUGUUACCUUUAGUGUAUGUGAGGGCUACCUCAAAUAUGUUCAUGUAGAUAUUCUGUCAAAUAGAGCUUAUUGAGGGAAAAAAACAAACACAUUUUUACUCACUAUCAGGGUGUUUCACUAAAGUGAGAAUACAAUGUGAAUUUCAAACCUAAUGCCAGAAUAGAUUAAUGGAAAGCAUAGCUGGCUUAGAGAAUAAUUCUAGUUUGGCUUUUUUUAACCUUAAAUUUUAAAUUCUUUCUGAAUUCUCAAUUUGUGAAUAACCUUGUAGAUUUGGAAUUGUGAGGAAUUAUAGACGGUAAGCUUGUUUGAGCAGCGCCCUCUUCAACCUAUUGUCCCUGUAAGUUUUUGUAAUUGUCUCAUUUAUUGUUAAAUCUCCCCCUCUAAUAAUAUUAUGCUGGCUACGGAAUAUGCUGGCGAUAUAUAAAUACCAGUAAUGGGGUUGGGGCUGCAAAAAGGUGUCCUGCAGGCCACCUGAUGGACCCCCGGAGUGCGGCUGUCUAACUGUCAGAACCAACGAGGGAGCUGUGUUCUCUCUGAUCAGCUCCCUCGCACGCCAUUUGGUGAUGCCGGGAGCCGGAAUAUGACAUCAUAUUCCGGCCCCCGGCAUCAGUAGAGAGCCCGCGAGGGAGCAGAUCAGAGAAAACACAGCUCCCUCGCUGCAUCCGACAGGUAGACAGCCGCCCGCCUCACUGAAGCCCCACUGGACCCAAGGGACAGGUCCACACCAGCUCUCCAGGUAGGGAGGCUGGGUGGAUAUUUGUAAAUGUUAAAAAUAUGAAUAAUUUGUGUUUUUCUGUGAGUGUGUAUGUGUAUCUGUGCACCUGUCAGUGUGUGUGUGCACGCGUUUAUGCAUACAAGUGUAUAAUUUUAGUUUUUUUUGGGGGGGGGGGGACAGGGAGGUUGAUCUUGGGUGAGUUCCCACACUUUUUUCUCAGGACUUGAACCCUGAAUAUGAUGAAUAUAAUGUUUGUUUUUGUGUGUAAUUCCCAGCGUUAUUAUUUUACAUAAUCUUGCAGCACUGUCAGUGAGCUCAAGACCAGAACAUUAAAUAAUUAACUACAAGACAACCAUAUUCAUGAAUUAUAAAACAACAUGGGGAUAUUGUCUUAUUUGUUGAUACAAGCAAUAAUAUGAGCAUUUUGCCCUGUGGUUCCUUCCACUGAAAAAUUCUAAUAAAAUGGAAUAGGUAGGGAACACAUUUUUAAACAAAUAAGGGAUCACCAAUUUUAUCUUCCUUAAAGGAACACCAUGGCUUUAGAAAUAGAAACCUGUAUUCCUAAUGCUAUAGUGUCCCUGUCCCUAUAGCUGUAUAGGUGCAUCCCCCCCCAUUCACAAUAAAAAUGUGAUAUUCCUUCCCCCCUUUUACUUAACUUUUUCCAGCACUGAGGCUUACUUGGUGCUGCUGACCUCCCCUCCUCUCACAAUGUCACGGAGGAAACAUGGCCUCCUCUGCAAUGGUCCUAUUGAAUGGACCGCAAUAGGCCACACACACACAUUCAAGCUUUCCCAUAGGAAAGCAUUAAAACAAUGCUUUCCUAUGGGGAUUUUUGCACUUUCUAUGGGUGUCCAAUCACAGACUUCCCAAUGUGACUCAAUGAGAAAUCUUUGCAAGGCAGGUGCUCUGAGCAAUUGUCUGCCUCUUGAUUUAGCUCAACUGAGAUUAGCAACUAGGAAGUAACUGAUCGAUUAUCGGGUGGGGGGGGGAAUAACACCCUUUUUAAAUAAAAGCUUCAAUUUGUAUUGAAAUCUGCACUUUUUGUAAAAUAGCUUUAGUGGUCCUGUAACCCCGCAAUGUAAACAUUGCAGAUUAAAAAACAAAAAGACUGCCAGGUUUUACAUUGCAUGGUUACAAGGACAGGAUCUUUGCACCCAGAUCACUUCAUUAAGAUUGUGAUCUGGGUGUUUAUAGUGUCCCUUUAACUAUAUUCAUUAGUGUUUUAUUUAAUAUUUGUAUUCCGAGAAUGCCUGAUGGAACAUUUUCACAUAGUGUGAAAGCAAUAUGGUCUGUUGUACAUUGGGGAAAUGACUUCAUGAGAAUGAUAGGUACUCUUCUGUGUAAGAUUUUUCCGUAUCCUCACACGCCCAUCUGUUCCUUUAUUUUAUGCACUUAUCUGGUGCUGAGUACAUUGAUCUGUACAGCGUUUCUCUACUUUCUCAUUAUUAAAGUGGAGGCUGUCAAAGUCAAACUAUCAUGCCAUUAUUACCUAUGCGCUUUUAAAAGAGCUUGAAAUUCUAUCUAUACAUUGUGCCAGCAGUUUUCCAAGCAAUGUACAGAUUUGAAGUGAAACCUUUUGAAAUAUAGGGGUUUUCUUCCAUCUGUCUCUCAACUCCUUGGCAGAAACUCAUGUGCUGUGGUUGCUAUGGUAUCUUCUUAGCUGGCGUUGCGGAGAAAUUUUUGUUGUUGUGGUUUUUUUAAUCUAUGUCUGCAAUGGAGGGAGUGGAUAGUGAUCUUCCCCUUAAGUCACGUGCUGGUGGUGCAACUAAUGUAUUAAAAAUAACUCCAUCGGUGCAGUGUUUUAAGCAGAAACACUGCACAUACAUCCUCCAACCACCAUGACCACUUCAAAAUCACUGAACUGGUCAUGAUGGUUGGAGAAACCCAUUAAGUGCGUCCUUAUCAAGUUUAUAUUUGAUUAAUACAUUUUUAUAAAUGUCUGAAUGCUCAGUAUAUAUUUUGUUGUUGUGGUUUGCAAUGGGUGGGGGGCACCUCUAAAUCCUUUUCCUUACAGCCAAGAAAAUCCAGACCUCCACUGCAUGGGUUAGCUAAGUUAUUGUACAAUGAAAGCAUUAAGAUGACUGACACUUGUAUAAAAUAAAAUAUACAAAGUGCUGCCUUUGGUGACAGAUAUCAGGAAAUAUUUUGCUGUCAAUCUUACAUGAUGCAAAUGGAGAAGUCUUACAGUAUAAAUAUUUUGGAAGACAUUUCCGUCUUUACAGAAUAAUCAGCACAUUUGACUUUGCUUCCUGUAAGAUUUAUUAAACAAUGGGGACAAUCUUGCCCUUGCCAUUAACUACAUCAUGAAACACAGCAGACAGAGAUAAUGCAGUCAGUGUAUUCCACAUGGAACUGUAGAAAAUUAAACCCUGGCUUUAGACACCUAUUAACAGAUAUUGUCGUAUCUGCAUUUAUCUUGUUGCAGGUUCGUGGAUCAGAUGGCUGUAACAAACAAACAAUUCAGAUUAUUUUGAAGAAUGGAUAAAUGUGCGCCUUCCAAGACCCUUUCAAUUUCAUUAGUGCACCAUAUGACAAGCUCUAAACAAACAUGAUCGUUUUGUUCGUGUGCCACAAUGAAUGUUGACUAGGCAACCAUUAAGGUCAAUAGCCAAAUAAAGUCAAGCAAAUUACUAUUCUGUUCAUUUCUAUAAAGCCAACAAAUUUUGAAGAUUUUGAUAGGGUAGGGACACC